AUGCCCCCCGGCUCCAGCAUCGCCAUUUCCCUGCCGCGGAAGCGAAAGGUCACCACUGCAUGUACGAAUUGCCAGACACUGCGGAUAAAAUGUGCUGGACAGCAGGACCAGCCUUGCGCCAACUGUAUAGAUACCAAUGUCCAAUGUAUACGAAACCCUAACCGAGAUGGGCGCAGCAAGAUUCCCAUUAGACAGCGGCUCAGAAGCUUGGAAGAGGACCAAGAUCUUUUUCUUCGAUUGCUCCGCACCCUACGUCAUGACAACCAGCAGGUCGAUAGCCUGCUCAAAUACAUUGUCGACGAGAAACCUUCAUUGAAUGAGAUUAGACAGUAUAUGAAUCGUUACUUCCUACCCGAAGACCUUGAAAGGGGCUUCGAUCUACUGAAGAUGGACGAUGAAGAGGGUGGGUCUGAUCAUCCUGCGACCAUGUCGGCGCAUCGAGCUUUAAGUAUUGCUCGGCUCUGCGACAUCCCACCUUAUGCGGGACCCGCUUGUCCGUGGACGACGGUCACCGACGAUAAUGGAUUAGUCUCUCACCUCAUCUCGCUCUAUUUCACAUGGAACAAUCUCUUCUUUAACUGGAUCUAUCGCGACCUUUUCCUCCGAGACCUAAAUUCCGGAAAUGUCGACUCCCCCUUUUGUUCUCCGUUCCUGGUGAAUGCGAUUUUGGCGGACGCCUGUUGGUAUUCAAGCUAUCCGGAGACCUGUGCCGUGCCGGGUGAUGUCACCACCAAGGGCCAGCACUUUUGGCGAGAAGCUCGGCGUCUUCUCGAUGCCCAGGAGGGCAAGGUCACCUUGCCAACAGUGCAAGGCAUGGCGAUUAUGUUUCCAACGUCAUGCGUCAUGGGUAAAGACGAAGUGGGGUGGCUAUAUGCUGUCCAAACAUCCGAUGCCAUUCCAGUCCUGCGCUCCUAUCUCGAAGACCCUUCCAACACCGAUAUCCAUAGAGAGUUAACCUUGUCUAUAGUAGAUCAGCUUGAAAUUUCAUGGUUUAACGCCGCUAUCGCAAGGUGCUUUGGGUUACGUCGGAAGCCGCUGGUGAACGUGCCCCGACGUGCUCGUCUCCCGGUCCAUGAGAAAACCGAUGAGACCUGGUUUCCGUACCCCCAGCAAGUAGAGCCCGUCCCAGCCAUUCAUAGAAACUGCGUUCUCAAUCACGGGGUCGAGUUGGGGAAAAUUAUUUGGCAUCUGUGCGGUGGACUCUAUUCCAGCGGACAAGACGGCCGAGUACCAACGGAUAUUGAGCAGAUCGUGAGCAAGGCCUAUGAGGAUCUACUUCGCUGGCGGAAGAAUGUACCCACGUGCAUCGAAUACGAUGAAGACUCUUUGCCGGACGUUUUGAGCUUGCACAUGGACUACCACACAUUCAUAAUCACAGCCCUGAGCUAUCUCAAAACGUCCAUCCCCAAUACCGAGUCGGACGUGGCGACACAGGGGUCAGUUGCAUCCGCCCAGGAUAGAUGUAUCGCCUCAGCCCACGCCAUAAACAGACUCGUCACAAUGUAUAAGAACCGCUGGAGCUACGGGUACCAAGCAGUGCACAACUUCCAUCAUUUCUACGCCGCCCUCUUUAUCCUCAUGGAGGACUUGAAUAACCCAGCCAGCCACGACGCAUUUCUCAGUAUUGCCAAUACACUUGCGCUCACAGCUGGGCGCUGGUUAUUUACCAGGGGAAUGCUCAGACAUGUCCAGAUUGCGACAGUAUAG